AUCAUGGGGUGGGGGGAGGGGAGUCCCCAAGCCCCUGUUGAGCUUACUCGGACGUUACUCACACUUUACUCCGGGGUUACUCCGGGGUUACUCAGACUUUACUCCAGAGUUACUCCAGGGUUACUCAGACUUUACUCCACGGCAGCUCAGGCCCAGCUCUGCGGCCACACCUGCCCUACUCCAGCCUUACUCCACGACUACUCAGCCUCUUCUCGCUCCUCUGCUUCUACUCUCGAUUACUCCGAGGUUACUCCAAGGUUACUCCAAGGUUACUCCAAGGUUACUCCGAGCUUUCUCAGCGCUUCCGUCGAGGUUGCUCAGGACUCGCUCCCUGCGCGGAUUUUACUCUGGAGUUACUCACGGGCCGGGCGGGGCCUUUACUCAGCUCUUACUCUGAAGUUCCUCAGUCCCUGCUUGGAACUUACUCCAGGCUUCCUGCUGGAGAUCCUUACUCCGAGUUUACUCCGAGUUUACUCAGCCUUGGAGGCACUUGGGACUCACUCCAGCCUCACUCACGCGGCUCCUCCCUCCGGCCUUGCUCAGCUCCCCCCCGUGUUGUUCCCGCUCCUGUGGCGCUGCUCACACUUUACUCCUGGUUGGAUCCUCUUUGCCUUCGCUCCGCGCUUACUCCGCCGUUACUCAGCGCUUCUGCGGGAAGCUCAGCCUCUACUCAGAGCUUACUCAGCCUCUACUCAGAGCUUAUUGGGCCUCUACUCAGAGCUUACUCGGCCUUUACUCAGAGCUUACUCGGCCUCUACUCAGAGCUUACUCGGCCUUUACUCAGAGCUUACUCGGAGGUUACUCAGCCUUUACUCAGAGGUUACUCAGCCCCGGAUCUGGACGCACUCGACUUUGCUGCGCUGAGGUUCCUCAGACUCUGCUCAGCUGGGAGGGAUCAGUCCCUACUCAGGAGUUACUCAGCCUUUACUCCGAGAGCACUCGGCCACCGCUGCUCACCCGUCCCCACGCUGGGGCUGAGCAGACGCUACUCCAGGGUUACUCACGGUUUACUCCA